AUGUCAUCGUCAUCGUCGAGAGCUUCUAGCAGGAAAAUGAAUUAUCUCUCUAAAAUUUUAGGUCAAGGUUAUGCAAUCAAGUCAUCUUUUUCUUACAAAUUACUCUCCAGUUCCACUGAUCAAAAAGUCAAAACUCCACAAGUUCGAAAAGGCUACGUAGCCAUAUAUGUAGGUGACGAGAGCAAGAGAUACCAAGUUCCAGUGGAGAAUCUGAAGUUUCCGGCAUUACGAGAAUUGAUUAAACAGUCUCAGAAUGGUGAUCUCGACUCUAAAAUUAAUGGGCCAAUCGUGCUUACUUGCACUACUGAUAAGUUUGAUGAAACUUGCAAGGGGAUUCUCACUGUUUGA